AGUUAUCUCGCUUAUCACACGGAAUCAAUACCGGAAGUGGUUAUUAUAAACAUACGAUCUGACAGAUUUUGUGGAAUUAGGCUACAUCAAAGUUAGAGUUUCCAUCUGAGGAUGGACAGAAAUUCUAUACGAUACGAGGUGCUUCGUGAAGAUGAAGCUUCUGCCCCAGCAGAGCCUGUAAAUCUGGUGAUGAUUGUCCCUCCUCCGGAGUACCCAGGCAAUGGUUCCUACAAUGCGGAAAGCUCCAACCAGAAGCUCCCAUCUUAUACCGAGGCUACAACUCUGCCUACUUACGAGGAAGCAGAGCGAUCCAAGUUCCAGGAAUCCCUGAGAGCUACUGACGGAAGUCAGGAUAGUCAGGAGGAGAUCACUCCUCAUGAGGGGCGAUUGUUCAAAGCUACCACACUUGGUACAGAUGGCAUGUUCCUGUGUGCCUUUGUCAUGGCUUUUUUCUUUAACUGGAUUGGAUUUCUGUGUUCGAUAUGCCUAUUUAACACUAUAGCAGGACGAUGUGGAGCUCUAUCAGGAUUGGGCCUCUCCAUUGUUAAAUGGAUCUUCAUUGUUAAGCACAAUAAGUGGGCCAAUGACUGGGCAGAUGGUGACUCCUGGGUGUGGUGGCUCUUGCUCCUUUGCGGAAUGAUGAUCUUCUUGCGAGGAGCUAUUCACUAUAUCAAGACAAAAUACGAGUGGAACCAGAUUCAAAACAGCUUGAGGAAUAGAAAUCUGUUCCUCUUCUAAUGGAGUUACCUCCUUUUCUUAAACAAUUUUCCUAUAAAGUUUCUCUGUUUCUUUUGUUAUCAGUUUUGGUGCAGGUUAUAAAUUGAUAAAAUUUAUGGGAAACUUUUUAGAAAAGAUUUAAUGAAAAUAAUUGCUUUUGAAGUAUUUUACUCAGAGAUGAAAAUAUCAUACUUAACAAUGGAUUUAUAUAUCAUUAUAUUUUGAUUGAAUUAAAAUAUUAUAUGCUACUUAGAUUUUACUCAGAUUUAUUUUUGAGUUUUCAAACAAUUCUUCAAACAAACUAUCAUUUACAAAACUUCUGUUCCUACAAUAUUUUAUCUACACAACUUCAUAGUUAAGCAAUAUGCCCAUGGGUAGAAUUAUUGUUAUGAAAAAUUGAAAGAAAGUAGAAUAGGUUUACUGUUAAUUUUUCAUUUUUCCUGGUGUGUGAUUCUAAGUCCUUAUAUGUUAAUAUGAAUAUUCUCUGUUUAUUUUUAUUGCAUGCUUUAAUUCUUAAAGAGGUGGAAGAAAUGCAUUGAUGAUUGAAUUAUUUUCCCUCUUCUAAAGAAAUGGGAUUAUGUACUUUUAUAUGACCUUAGGGACAUGAAUACAUUUAUGAUUUUUUUUAUCUGUUAAAGUUAACACUUUUUUGAAUAUCAUUUUAAUGCAUAUACAUGCAUAUACAACUUAAAUGGAAUAGUAUUCAAAAUUUCAAACAUAUUUACAUGUAGUUCUUUUUUUUAUUUUAAAGUCUUUCAGUGUCUAUGCUUUUCUGUUUACCGAUAUGCUAAUUUUUGAAAUAAUUUUCUUCCAUGUUGUACAUGUAUAUUCAAAGUAUGGCAAAGUAGAUAAGUUGAUUAACAAUAGGCAGACAUAUUCAAUGUCUAAGGGCAGUUGGUGGUCUGAGUUUUCAGAUCAGAUUAUAAAUUUAUUAAAUUAUUUAUUUCAUUCAUGAAUUGUGUAAUUUUUUAGGUAGUAUUUGAAUGUAUUCAAUGAGAUGAUUUUUUGAAGUCGUAGCUUUACUCUUCAAGUAUUCAAGUUUUAAAAUAUACAUGUAUUGAAUUUACUUUUUUCCAUUGAGAAAUCUGCUGGUGAAUUAUUUUAAAUGCUGCUUUUUCUGUAAUCUGUCAACUGAUUAGGGGGUAAAAUGUGUUUAUUUUUGGCCAGUAUUUGGGAUAUGAUUUUCAAGAAAUAUAUUCAGCUUAAAUUGGACAAAAUUUGAAAAUAAAGAAAUAAUAAAGAAGGAUGUGUA